AUGGUCAACCUUAUUGUAGAAACGCUCUUUCGUGUUUUAACGUCCGUUGCGUCUGUCAGUGUAACGUUGAGCAUGGGUCCGUCAAUCUACCGGAUCUAUUGCAACAGGGAUACAGGUGUUGCGUCCGUGCUACCACUUGUAUGUAUGGUUACAAACGCCCAUGUGUGGAUGUUAAAUGGUGUUACGGUUAAGAACUGGUUUCCCGUGUUUACCACCUUUAUCACGUCUGACGUUAUCGCUAUAUGUUACGUGACUGUAUUCUACUGCUAUGCGCGUGAUCGUAAGAAAGCUCUUUGCAGGAUCAUUAUUGGAAGUAUUAUUCUCUGUCUCGUCACGACCUACGCAAUCCUGGGCAACGCAGGGCGCACCAAUCAAUCGCAAGAUGGCGUAGAAACGACAUUGGGUAUCUUGGGUGUUUUGGCUGGGCUUAGCAUGUUUUGCUCGCCAUUCGAACGAAUGAUGAAAAUACUACACUACAAGUCGGCGGUCUUUAUCCCAAUCCCGAUGGUGGUGACUGGCACAUUGAACAACCUUAUGUGGCUCGUAUACUGUCCAAUGGUUGGAAGCUGGUUUCUCUUCGGAAGUAAUGUAAUGUGUCUGCUCGUGUGCUCGGUGAACCUUAUUCUCUACAUCAUUUACAACCCAGAGACGCAUCCGUUGCCCUUGGAAGAAGGUGAUGGAGACGAAAACGCUCCUUCUAGAGUCGAGUCAGUGUCCAUCAAUAAGUUUACAUCCAGGCCCAAUCAAUUUGGUGCUACAAAGGUACACGACACAACACAAGGCUCACGUCCAUCCAUGAUGGCGUCUAUAAUGAGACCUUCUUCUAUGAUGCGACAGUCUAUGGUUACUGAUUUAAGCAACAACUUUUCUCAAACGAAAAUUCAUGAUGCAAACGUACAAGUUUUUGCUAAUGACGUGCUUAUGGAAGGCGCAUUGAUGAAAAAAGGCGAGGCUGGAUUAAGAGGAUGGAAGAAUGUAAGUCGUAUAUUCGUCCUACGUGGUAAGGAGUUGUCAUAUUACACCAUUGAUAACAAACAGCAAUAUGGUGCAUUGAAAGGCAUGUGGGAUGUCGUGGGAGCGUCGGUGGAACGUCAGGACAAUGUCUCGUUUAGUUUGAAAUUGGCCAACGGGAGUAUUCGUAUCCUUGAGGCCCCUGAUGUCCAGACGCUUAUGGAUUGGAUGACGGCGAUUGCCGUUGCUGCAGAGGCUCACUUUGUACAACCGGCAACGGACUUGUCGCUUGUGGAUCAGAGCCGCACGACGCAUAUUAUUUUGGUGCGUCACGGCCACUACGCCAGGUCGCAGACGCCGUCCAUCGACAUCAAUGGACCGUUGACGGAGUUGGGAAUACGACAGGCCCGGGCAACGGGUAGAUUUCUGCAUACUUAUUUGUCAGAGAGGAUGGUAUUGAAGCGGUUCCCAAAGUUCUUGGUGUACCAUAGCGGCACUCGUCGAGCCGUGGAGACGGCAGAAUACAUUGGAAAUGCUUUUCCAGAAAAAUCGCUGCAGCUUCGUGAGAACAAGUUGUUCCGUGAAGCGUGGCCGGGCAAUCCACUGCCGAAUGGCAAUCGCCAGCAAUUGGCACGAGAAAAGCUCGACAAUAUGGUGUCAGACUGCGCUCGCCUUAAAAUGGCGUACCGUACCAUGUUUCGGCACCUUAUUCCGCAGGACCUGGAGGUUGAGGAGCACAAGUUGAGCGAAGAAGACCACACGCACUACGCCAGCAAAUUUGGGGCACGCUCGACGCAGACUCGUGCGAACGACAGAUUUCGUGUGAUGGUGUGUCACGCUAACAUUAUCCGUUGGUUCGUGUGCAAGGCGUUAGGUGUCAAUCCGGACGGCACAUGGGGUCGCAUGCGCUACAAUCACUGCGGCAUCACUGCCAUGGAAGUUGAUAGUGUCGGUAAUGUGCAGCUUACAUACAUGAACCAGACGGGACAUUUGGAGACAACGCAGCUUACUGAGGCGUAG